AUGGGCGAGGGCGGGCUGCCCCCGGCCUUCCAGCUGCUGCUGCUCGCCUGCGACCAGGGCGACACGGACACGGCGCGGCGGCUGCUGGAGCCGGCGGCGGCGGAGCCCGCAGAGCGCGGCGCGGAGCCGGAGGCGGGCGCGGAGUCGGCGGGGGCCGAGGCGGCCGGGCCCGGGGCGGCGGCUGCGGCCGGAGCGCCGGUGCCCGUAGACUGCUCGGACGAGGCCGGCAACACGGCGCUGCAGUUCGCCGCGGCCGGGGGCCACGAGCCCCUGGUGCGUUUCCUGCUGCGCCGCGGCGCCUCGGUCAACAGCCGCAACCACUACGGCUGGAGCGCGCUCAUGCAGGCGGCCAGAUUUGGGCACGUGAGCGUGGCACACCUCCUUUUGGACCACGGGGCUGAUGUCAAUGCCCAGAACCGGCUAGGGGCCAGUGUGCUCACCGUAGCCUCCCGAGGUGGCCACCUGGGCGUGGUGAAGUUGCUCUUGGAAGCCGGUGCCUUUGUGGACCCUCAAAACCCCUCUGGCGAGCAGCUGGAGCCAGGGGACAGCAGGGAUGAGCUGCUGGACAUCUCAGCCCUGAUGGCCGCCAUCCAGCAUGGGCAUGAGGCUGUGGUGCGUCUUCUGAUGGAGUGGGGCGCCGACCCCAACCACACAGCCCGGACUGUGGGCUGGAGCCCACUAAUGCUGGCAGCGCUCAUAGGAAGACUUGGGGUGGCUCAGCAGCUGGUCGAGAAGGGGGCCAACCCUGACCACCUCAGCGUGCUGGAGAAGACUGCCUUUGAGGUCGCACUUGACCGCAAGCACAGGGACCUUGCACACUACCUGGACCCACUGACCACCGUCAGGCCCAAGACAGAUGAGGAGAAAAGGCGACCUGAUAUUUUCCAUGCAUUGAAAAUGGGAAACUUCCAGCUAGUCAAAGAAAUUGCUGAUGAAGAUCCCAACCAUGUGAACCUGGUCAACGGGGAUGGAGCCACUCCACUGAUGCUAGCAGCAGUCAUGGGGCAGCUGCCCCUUGUGCAGCUACUAGUGGAGAGGCAUGCUGAUAUUGACAAGCAGGACAGCGUGCACGGCUGGACGGCCCUCAUGCAGGCCACCUACCAUGGGAAUAAAGAAAUUGUCACAUAUCUGCUAAACCAAGGGGCUGAUGUCACUCUUCGUGCAAAAAACGGGUACACGGCCUUUGACCUAGUGAUGCUGCUGAGUGAUCCCGACACGGAACUUGUUCGACUGCUGGCAUCUGUCUGCAUGCAGGUGAAUAAGGACAAAGGCCGGCCCAGCCACCCACCGCCCCCACCCCAUUCGAAGGUCCGACAGCCCUGGAGUGUCCCAGUUCUGCCCAGCGACAAAGGCGGGCUUAAGUCUUGGUGGAACCGAAUGUCCAAUCGGUUCCGGAAGCUCAAGCUGAUGCAGACACUGCCCCGUGGGCUGUCCGGCAACCAGCCAAUGCCUUUCUGUAACGAGCCCGAGCCAGCGCUGGACUCCACCAUGAGGGCACCCCCCCUGGACAAGACUGGUCGCUCUGGGCUCCCUGAUGUGCCUCCCACAACCAAAGACAAUGGUCCUGGGAGCACCAGAGGAGAAAAGGAAGAUGUGUUACUGACAACCAUGCUUCGAAAUGGAGCCCCCUUCACCAGACUCCCGAGUGACAAGCUGAAGGCAGUGAUCCCCCCUUUCUUACCCCCUUCCAGUUUUGAGCUGUGGAGCUCUGAUGGGUCCCGGACUUGUCACAGUGGGAAGGCAGACCCCAUGAAGACUAUGCUGCCCCAGAGAGCCAGCAGGGGCCACCCCGCGGGCUGCGGGGGCACGGACACAACUCCUGUCAGGCCGGUAAAAUUUCCAUCUCUCUCCAGAAGCCCAGCCUCUCCAGCCAACUCUGGAAACUUCAACCACUCCCCUCAUUCCUCGGGAGGCUCCAGUGGGGUAGGGGGCAGGCAUGUCGGGGAGCUGCAUAACCGCUCAGGUGGCAGCAUAGACAGUGUCCUGUCCCAAAUCGCCGCCCAGAGAAAAAAGGCAGCUGGAUUAUCUGAGCAGAAGCCCAGCCAUCAGUCAAGUCCUGUUGGACCAGCACCAGGGUCCAGCCCAUCUGAGCUCCCGGUCUCCCCUGCGGGCAGCGGAGGUCCCAGCAGCAAGAAAAUAGAGACAAGCAAGAGACCUCCCUCUGGAACGUCUACUACCUCCAAAAGCACCUCCCCCACCCUCACACCCUCCCCUUCACCCAAAGGGCACGCGGCUGAGUCCUCUGUGUCCUCCUCCUCAUCCCACCGACAGUCCAAGAGCAGCGGGGGCUCCAGCAGUGGCACCAUCACGGAUGAAGAUGAACUGACUGGUAUCCUUAAGAAAUUAUCGCUCGAGAAAUAUCAGCCCAUUUUUGAGGAGCAAGAGGUGGAUAUGGAAGCAUUCCUCACGCUCACUGACGGCGACUUGAAGGAGCUGGGUAUUAAGACAGAUGGAUCCAGGCAGCAGAUUUUGGCAGCAAUUUCUGAACUGAACGCAGGCAAGGGACGAGAGAGACAAAUUUUACAGGAAACCAUUCACAACUUCCACUCUUCCUUUGAGAGCAGUGCCAGCAACACCAGGGCUCCUGGAAACAAUCCCUGUACGUGAUCCUCCUUCCUGUGGUCUCCAGUAUGAGCUUUCUGGAUCCCAGUACCUUCUUCACAUAACCAGUGCUCCAGCCACCAUUAGCUCUUCAUGUUCCCUAGGCUUUUGUCCUUAGUCAUGUUGUUCCCUCUGCCUGAAACACAUGUCUUCCCUUCCCAGCCAUGUAGACUUAUUUUCACAUCGAUCUAGUAUGGCUGCUUCUGCUCCACAGGUGGUUUCAGCAGUGGUUCAGGAACACAGCUUCUUCCAUCUUGUGGCUCUGCCAUUACGGGAGGCCUUAAGAGUUUAUUUCUGACUGGCAGAGGGGAAAAGGAAUGGUGUUCAAGGCAAGUCACCUCUUAACUGCCUUGCUCCUAAAUACUCAAAUUCCUUUGGCUACUGGUAGUCACGUGGCCCUACCUGGAAGCAAAGAAGGCUGGGAAAUGUAGUCUCUGUUCAGGAAGUGGCUUUGUAGCCCCAAUGCUAAACUUAGAGGGUAAUGUGUACCUAUGGAAGGAAAGUUAGCCCCCUCCCUGCCACAUCUUCCCUUGAAACAUCUAACUUGUCACCUAGCACAUGAAGCUCGUCUUGAGUCCCUUACACAGAGCUAACCCCAUUCCAGCCACUCUUACUCCUUGUAUGUCUGCUCUAGCACCUGGCUGCACCCACGGCAUUCAACAGGCAGGGUGUGUAUGGGAAUAUGUUUUCCUAUAUUUCAAAGGCAGCCUUUCACAUAGGAAGAGAGAGAAAAGCCCACUGUGUGUUCUUGCAGGGGGCACUCCUCCUUUCUGGUUUAAUUUCCUCAUCUGAAUGAUUGGGGAUCAAGCAAGAUAAUGCUCUGAUACUCUGUGUUGCUCCCCACAUACCCCUGUAGGUCCGGACAUGGGAGCAGAGGAACCUAAUAUAUUACCUUAUUAGUAUGUUUGUGGAAGGACUUCAGUGCUUCAAUUUUCUAGGCAAAGAAGCAGAGAAUUGAGGAUUUUAUCUAAAGUCUAUUAAUGCUGUGUUCCUCAGAAGGAAAUCAACCCAUGUAGUUUUCCACCCAGUCCUUUAAAAUCCAGUUUUCUGAAACAUUUUCAAGCAAAUUAAUUUCGUUCAUCUAGCACUUGAUGCAUUUCUGUCUUGUCCUAUGGAAUUGGGGUGCUGCAGAGUUGAACUAGCUCCACUUUGAGGAACUCGACGGCAAGAGAAGAUGGGAGUGGACAGUCCAACCUCAGGAGGCAUCAUAGUGGAGUGGGAAGCACACGUUGUGUUCUGGAUUCAGGCUCAGUGUUCAGGUCCAGCCCCAGGGCUGGGCAGCUGUGUGACCAGCUGUGUGGCCAGGGACAGGUUACUUAGCCUCUUAAUCGGAGCUUAGAGUCAGGGUCCUUCCUUGGCCCGUGGGACACAGCAGUAGACAUCAGCCUGAUUCAUAGAAGCCUUAUCUUGACCUUGAGCUCUGCCACCAUAUGCUUGUCUCCUUGAAGUGUGGGAGGGGUAGUCACUCAUCUGUUCCUCUCCUGGCCACAAAUGCCCGGGCCCUCUCCUCUGCCCAUGAAUGCCCACUCCCCGUCUCCUGGUGGUAAAUUCCCAUUCCCCUUCUGGCUCAGAGGCAGUUGUCACGCCAUUGCUGGGAGUCUCAUUGUGUUUCCCUUCCCCUGGUGACACAUUGGGGCCCAUUUCUACAUCCUCUCAUCUUCCUAACCAUAGCAGCCAACUUUGCACAUGACUGGAGAGUCUGUUUCCUGACAUGCAGGUUGAGAUUAAACUGUUGCAGGCUGAAGGUGACAGUGAGGAUGAAUACCACUGAGGUCAAGCUGCUGCACACAGUAGGUGUUCAAUGCCCAUGUCUCCCUUAUAAAGAUGUAUGUCCAUGCCAACUAAAGUGAAACCUUGCCUGGGAGCCACCUAAAGCUGAGACACCAACCUCAGAUAAUGACUUCACCAAAGCUCAGGGAUGACAGAAGUGACAUAGACACGGCCUUACCAGCAGUGAGAUAGAGCAGAAAGCCCAGUUCAUUUAUCUCCAGCUUCCUUCAUCAGGUGGACACCCCCUCACACUCCUGUCUCAAAGCACUGCCUAGUGGGGUGAACCAUCCCCAUCGGGCCCUCACUUCCUGUCAGGUUAAUUGUGGAUGCAGGGCAUGGCCAUCCUCUUCAGUGAGACCCUGUCCCUGCCCUGCAGAUGGCUAGUUUAGAGUAGGACAUGGGCUGACCCUACAUCCUCAGCAGGGCUACUCUGUCCUCAUCAGAGACCAGGAUGCCUUUUUGUUUCAGCCCUGCAGAGUAGGUUUCCAUGUUCCUAGCCAUCAAACACUUCUUUGUAUUUUAUUAUUAUUCCCAUAUGAGGACUUGAUUCUUUGAAAGAUCUGUGUUUGCCAAACAUUUAUUAAAUAAUGGUGAAUUUGUCUUCUCACUUGGUUUUUUGCUCAUCAGAGGCAUAAAACAUCACUGAGCCAUCUCCCAGAGUGAGCGCCCAAAUGCCAGCACCUCUGCUUCAUUACCCCAUGAGGCAGCCUUCCAGCUCCCCUCCCUCCAACUCAGUGGCUGUGGCACGGGCAUCUGCACUGACCUCACCAGGGCCACACAGGUAACAGUAGCGUGAAUGCAGGUCUCACUUCUCACUCAGGAAUCCACGCAGUCACCAUGCUGUUUUGCUGGCUCUCAGCAGAGAAUAAUGUUCAAAUGGUAUAAACCCAGCCGACAACAAAACAAAUAUUUAGUCCGUGGGCUUGUUCACAAUUUUGGAGUGAUGGGAGAUGCUUAUGAAAUACUAUAAAUAGCUUGGAGAUUUCUUCAGAGAAUUCUUACAAGUCAGGCCUGCUUCAUCUGCACCUCUCCUGGAAUCAGUAUCUCAGUGGUGUGCUCAGCCCUGGGCAGCAUCCGGGGAGCAGAAGGUAGAGCAAGGCCAAGGUCUGUGGGGCCCUCAAGGGUGGAAUGAGGAUACUGAAGACACUGGGAGGAGACCCACUGUCCAUAAGGAAGAACAUUCCAGGAACCAGAGCCCCCUGGGAGGGCAAGCAUCGCCAAGAUGGGGACCCUGAAGGUGGGUGAGCCUGUGCCAGGGCAGCUGAGGGGGAUCUGGACCUUGGAUGAGGAUCAAACCACAAAAGGGGCUUCCCAAAUGACCAAUUAUGCAAGUGACGUGAGAAAAAAGAAUAUGAGGUAAUGAGUUUUCUUGACAUGAAAUACGUUCAUUUACUUAAUUCUGAUGCAAGCUCCCGCCCCCAACUUUGGGAGAGGGGUGGUAGAAAUGAUGGUUUUAGUUUUAUUGAUAAGUAAAAUCCAAACAUGAGAAACACUGUGUUAGGUCACUUUUGAGGCCUGUUCCAGCCCUGUAAUUCUAUACAAAUCUAUAAAAGAAGGGGACUAAGUCCUCAUUAAGUUAAAAAAACGAAAUUGCCUGGUAACCUAGUAAUUCCUUUCCUGGGUAUUCCCAAAGAAUUGAAAACCAGGUUUUCCUGCAACAGCAUGUACGUGGAUGGCUAUUUGUAGUGCUGUUCAUGGUAACACAAAGUGGCAGCAAUCCAGAUACCUUCAGGGGGUGGAUAGAUAAGUAAACUGGCCUGUGCACAUGGUGGAAUGUUAUUUAGCCAUAAAAAAGAGUGAGAUUCUGAUCUUUACAACAUGCAGGAAUCAUGCAAAUAUACUAAGUGAAAGGAGCCAGACACAGCAGGCUGCAUGUUCUAUGACUCUACUUGCAUGAAAUGUAGAGACAAAAGCUGUUUCAUGGGUGGUGGGGCUUGGAGACAGGAGCGUGCAGCUCAAUGAGAAGGGGUUUAGCUUUGGGAUGAUGAAAAAGUUCUGGAACUAAAUAGUGCUGGUUGUAUAUUGUGAUAACUUUCAUGCCUCGAAAAUGUACUUUAAAAUGAUUAAAAUGUAAGUUUUGUAUUACAUAUUAUUGUAUCGUGAUAUAGAACUGCAUCAUAGUACAGUAAUAUGAUACCUAUUAUUGAUACAUAUAUUAUCAAUAAUAUGGUAAUACCUAUAUUAUCGUGAUACAAUAAUAU